AUGCCAGCUUGUCAAUGGCGCCCGGGACUUAAUACCAACCCAUCGGGUGGCACCCCCUCCGAUAAUGCUCCAAUGACGCUUGCACCGAUGGCGUCGAGGGCAUCUGAUCAUCCCAUUACCUCGGUCGCGUUAGGUACGGCCACUUCUGAUCAAGUUGUUCAGCCCAUGAAUCCAACCCCCUUGUUGGACGCUCACACAUCAGAAGCCCCAGGCCAACUUGCCUCUGCAGAAGUCCCAGGCCCUGAUGCAUCUAGCAAGCCAAGCUAUGUUGAAUCAGAAUCGUCGAUGGCCAUCCCCGCCCCGGUGGUUAGCCCUUCCCCUGAGAUUUGA